AAACAGGAUGGCGUCUGUGUUGGUUCGGUGUCGUUUGUGUUGAGGGCAGGCCCAAGUCAGGCCUAUACAGCCGUUCACAUCUGGCAGACAUCCCUCAUCAAAAUAACAAGAUAGCCAUUCGACACCAGACAGACUGACAGACUCCAUCCCGACUUGGAAGGAUACCACCGAUAGUGUAGUGACAGUGAGUGUAGUGAAGUGAUAGUGAUGGAAGUGGAACCAGCCGGUACUGUGAUACAAAGGAUAACGGAGGAUGAACCUCUGGACCUUCAGCCGGACGAACCUCCUCUCAAGAAGGUGUGCACGGGACAUCCUGAACAAUGUCAACCUGCUUCCUCCCCCUUAGGACUCCCUGGGGACUGUGAGCAGACGAGACUUCCCCUGGCGGCGUCCCUGGUCGCCGAUAAGUACCUGAUCCUGGACCAGUUAGAUGGAAGUUCGUUGUAUUCUUGUGUCAACGUCCACACCCAGGAAGAUCUAGUCUGUAAGGUGGUCCCUAGGGACUCGACGACUCUGUUGUCGGCCCACUACCGCCUCGACUCUCACCCCCACGUCAACUCCCUCCAGGAGGUGCUGCUGGGUGACAAGCUCAUGUACCUGGUGUUCCCGCCGUCCCACGGUGACCUCCACUCCCACGUCAGGCACCGGAAGAGGCUGCGGGAACCGGAGGCGAGACGGUUAUUCAAGCAGAUGGCGGAGACGGUUAGGGCGUGUCAUGACCGGGGCAUCGUGCUCAGGGAUCUCAAGCUGAGGAAGUUCGUGUUCGCUGACCCUCAGAGGACGGAGUUGAAGCUAGAGACGUUAGAGGAUGCAGUGGUCCUGGAAGAUCCGGAGGAUGAUAUCCUGCAGGACAAGCGAGGGUGUCCGGCUUACGUCAGUCCAGAGAUUCUUCGGAGUCAUGCUAGGUACUCCGGGAAAGCCGCUGACAUGUGGAGUCUGGGGGUCAUUCUGUACACCAUGUUGGUGGGAAGGUAUCCCUUCAAUGACAUAGAGCACGCCAGUCUAUUUGCCAAGAUCAGCCGAGGACAUUUUAUCGUUCCCGAGAGUCUGUCGUCCCGAUCCAAGUGUCUGAUCCGCAGCCUCCUGCGACGGGAACCCUCAGAGCGACUGACAGCAGAUGAUGUCCUUAUCCACCCCUGGUUGACGAGGGAAGAACGUUACGCCCCCUCCAACCACCAUCAGGACCAACUUGUUCCAGACUGUGUUCCUCUUUAACUUACGAACUUUAUUUUCAAUUAGGACUUUUAAAAUAAUUGUUCCUUUAAGCACCUGAGUAUUUAAUUUGACCUUUGGUGUGUGCGUGUCUAAAUUAUUCGGCAUAAUAUAUUAUUAUGCUUGUAAAAAAAUUUGGUCUUUUGUGAAAGUUCAGUGCCAAUCGAGAAGUGCAGAUGGGAGCUGAUCUCUAAUAGGAUAAAGCAUUAAGUUUGUUUGGUACUUUCUAUGGGGUACACGAAGUUAAGUCAUAUUAUAAGGCCAGUACUAACAUAGUAAGGGUCACACUAUGUCAUAGUGGUUAAGAAAAUUUUUCACGUAAAGUGUAACAAAUGAAUCAAUGUAUUCCAGGCCUCGAUUUGUAUAAGAAGUAUCAAUAAUUUUGUUGUGUUCCAAAAAAGUGUUUUCUUUGUGAAUCUUAUGAUUUAUUACUAUUACGGUAUAUUUUGAUUUAUUAUCAAUACAGCCUUUGUUACUUUAAAGAACCGCCUAGCAUUUGUACAUAAGUUAAGUUGAUGGUCACCUUUUACAUGUACCAUUUAAAACAAAGUUCUUGAAGUUUACUAUUGCGAUUUAGGUUUUGAAACUUUAAUUAUAUUGAUUGGUAAAGCACUGACACAAAAGAUCCGAGCUAUUAAGAUCUCAGGAACCGUUUGAAGUGGCUCAUAUGAGUAACUCCAGUCAGCAUCAGUGGCAUUUAGAUAUAUAGUUAAGUUAUUGAAUGAUUUCAGGGUACGUUGAACAUUGAUUGGCAACACAUGGCAUUGGCAGAAAUCAUUGUUACUGUACAAAUCUAACAUCAAUGUGAUAAAUAAGCUAUGUGUUAAAGAAAUGUCUACUACUAUUGUUGUUGUGAAUUAACAUUGUAAUGUUAUAGAAUUAUUUGAGUGACCUAUUUGUUUUGAAUUUAUUUUGGAAGUGUUAUUUAGUUUGAAUCUGUAUUGAGUAAUGACUAAAGCUCAAAUAUUUCAAUGUAAAAAGCUUGUAUAGUAGCAAAUUUCUAUCACAAAUUUCAGUUUAUAGCUUUGAAUUUAUAGGUGAGCACUAUUUUAGGAAAAUUGUUUAGACCAAUUUGUAUUCAAAUUUUGUUAAAUAGUUAAAUAAUUAAUCUGUAAUUUGAAACAUAGAUACUUUAGCUAAAUGUAGCAAAAUAGUUGUUUAUAAAUAAACUUGAACUCUUUUAGUGCCAAAUUAUGUGAAUAUUGUUUCAUUUUGUAAAAGAAAAUAUUUUAAAACUUUUUUUCCAGAUUAUAAAAAUUUAAAAAACCUUAGGCCUUAAUAAAAUUUUUAAUGUGAGGCAUCCACCAAUUUAUCUGUAUCAAUCAUUUACAUUGUCGGGCCAGUAAGUGCCAUGCCUUUUUUUAGCUCAUUAUAAGGCCUUUCAAAAUAUAAUUAAUGAAGGUGGAAAAUGCUUUAAUUGUAAACCUUUAAAUCAACAUUAACACAAACAUAUAGCAGUAUUCAACUAUGACACUGGUUGUCUUUACAUCUGAAAGUGUUAAUUUAAUUUCCAAAUUAGAAAAGAACUAGUGUAAUAAGGAUUCACUCCACAUAUCCAACUUGAAUGUGAUCAUCUGUAAGUGGUCAGGCCUGUAUAAGACUGAGCUGAAGCCUGAAGCCCAGGUCGUUGGAAUUAUAUCACUUCAGCCUAUGACUGAUUGUAAAUAGUCGCUUGUCUAUCAUGUAUUUGUAAAUAUUCUGUGUACAUUCUGUUGCCUAGGUACUACUUAGAUUGUCAAAUAUAAAAUAGUACUUAUAAAA